CCUUACCCUUUCGACACCAUGUCAUCGGUGGUAGAAGAAGCGCAAUUCUGGCAGGCAGUAGGAAUACUGGUCAAAAACUAUCAUGCCUUGAAUAAAAAGAUAUUCGAAGUGGUGGUAACGCAAGUGGAGAAACAGCAGGAUGGCCAGCUGCAUGAUUCCAGCGAGGAGGAACUCACGAAAUCCCUGAGGGAGCAGCCAGACCAGCGCACGUGCCAGGGAUUCAAGAUAGGAUACAAAUUGCUGCCCAAGAAACUGGCGGAGAACAUUCUGGCUACUGGGACUGUAGACUUUGUGGAACGUAGCUAUCAGUGCCAGUGUGCAAGCGAUGCUAUUGAUGACUUCUCGGUGCGACUCCUUGAGGGACAGCUUAAAUUGGAAGCCAAAGAUAAUCCGAAUUGGCUGGAGUAUGUUCUGAGGCCAAAGCUUCUGAGCUGGUCGCAGUCGAAGCAGGAGGAAGCCAGGCUGAAAUCCUUGAGUUUGAUAGAUGUUGAAAAGUACAAUGAUCUGUACAAGGGGCUGAAACGGAAGCAUUCCCAGCGCCUCCUAGAGUACUGGCAGACUGCUCAGGAGUCCACGGAUCCGCUGAAGUUCAUCUACGAGGACUUGGCCAUCGCCGCUUACCUUAUUGUCCUUUGGAGCCAAACCCAAACAGAACCCAAGGCUUUCGCGGACCUGGGCUGUGGCAAUGGACUCUUGGUGCAUGUGCUCAAUGCCGAGGGCUACAAGGGCUAUGGCUACGAUAUCAGGAAGCGGAAGAUUUGGUCUCUUUACCCGGAGGACACCAAACAGAGCCUUGUCGAGCAGGCAGUGGAGCCCAACAGUUCCUCUUUGGACUUUCCCGAUGUAGAUUGGUUAAUCGGCAACCAUUCGGAUGAGCUUUCGCCGUGGCUUCCUGUCUUGGCGUCGCGCUUAAAGGCCAAUUUCUUUCUGUUACCUUGCUGCCCGUACGAGCUAUCUGGAGCCAAGUUCAGGCGGCGGAACACCAAAAUAAGUGCCUAUCAGGACUUUUUCCACUACGUCACCCAUGUAACCAAGGAAUGCGGCUUUGAAAUCCUUCAAGAUCGCUUGAAAAUACCCAGCACCAAGCGUUUGGCUCUGAUUGGAAUAAAGGGAAACACUGCACAGGACUCUAGGGAUCUGGAGUAUUUUGUCCAGGAGGAGUUGCGAAAGUACAAAACGGGGGAUCACGAAAUUAAGCUGCGCGAGAAGGAGGAGAACGUGCGAAAUUGCACGCAGGUGGACAGAUCUAUCAUCGAUGGGCUGGUGUUGAAAAUCUUCAACCUACUCCUUGCCGCCGAUGAGGAUAAGUGGCUGGGAAGGCUACCCAUGCGGCAGAUUGCCCAGACUCUGAACAAGGAAGAGUUGAGUGGGAUUAAGUCCGAGUGCGGUGGCAUCAAGACCUUGCUGAGGAAUAAGCACGAGGUCUUCGAGUUCUGCGGCGGAGAUCUCAUAGGAAUCCGAAAACCCAAGCCAAUAGCUUUCCUGCCAUCACGUCUGACCACCAAGAAGCGUAGCUGCUUCUUCAAGAUGCAUCACCCGCUGGGCUGUCCCCUCGCAGAUUCCGAGUGCAGCUUUAUACACUAAUUAUUCGCAUUAUGGAUGUGGCGCUUGCUCACGUUUAUUGUUCAGAUUAUAAUAUAAAGAAAAGUGCAA